AUGUCGUUCCUCGCUGCCGCCGCCACCCUUGCCGGCCUCGUGCUGCUGCUGGCCCAUCUGCUCCGCGCCAAGCGCCGUGUGUGCAUCGACGUGCCGCUCGUGCACUCGGACGCACCGCUCGCCGCGCGCCUGCAGAGCGGCUACGCGCAGCACAAGGACCGAGUCUUCAAGCUGCGCUGUCCCCACGGCGAGCAGCUGGUCCUGCCGUCGGCGCUUCUCGACGAGCUCAAGCUGCUCCCCACGACGACCAUCAGCUUCGCCCAGUCCCUGGUCGACCAAUUCUGGGGCAACCAGACCCUGAUCGGCCUCCACGAUGAGACGCUCGUUGCAACCGCUGUCGUCGCCGACAUGCGCGACGAGCUCGCCUACGCAAUGCCCGCCACACUGCCGCAGGACAAAGAAUGGAGGCCGUUUCAGGCCCACCCAGCCGUCCUUCGCAUCGUCGCGCUGCUCUCCGGCCGUGUCUUCGUUGGCCAGGCCCUGAGCCGCAACGACGAGUUUCUCAACUGCAUCGUCAUGUACACCAUUGACUCGUUCUCUGCAUCCACCCGGCUGUAUGGAGUGCACCCUCUGCUGCGGCCCUUGGCGCGAUUCUUCAUGCCCGAGCUGCGUCGCGUCCGCGGCCAUCUUGCCACCAUGAAACGCCUCGUCAAGCCACUGGUCGAGGAGCGGCUACGGAAAGGAGCCGACGCGCCCAAUGACAUGGUCUCGUGGAACCUGGAGCAUUCGCCGAGCGCGCUGCGGACCAACGUUGACUACCAAGCGUUGCAGCAGCUGCAAGCAAGCUUCGCCGCCGUGCACACGACCGCGCUCCUUCUGACGAACAUCAUCUUCGACCUGGCCGCGCGCCCCGAAUACAUCCAGCCUCUGCGGGAAGAGGUGCAGAUGGCCUUCGGCACGGACGGCGGUGUCAUCACGAAGGCAGCCAUGUCCAAGCUCGUCAAAAUGGACAGCUUCAUGGCCGAGGUACAGCGCUUCAACCCUCCAGGCAUCAUGACGUUCAACCGGGCCAUCACCGGCCCCGUCACGCUGUCAAGUGGCUUGCACCUGCCCAAGGGCACGUGGCUGGCCGCGCCGUCGAGUCAGAUCGCCAUGGACCCGGACAUCUGGGACAAUCCGACCAAGUUCGACGGGUUCCGCUUCGAACGCCUCAGGCAGCGGCAGGGCGCAUCGGGCAGAUACCAGUUUGUGUCCACCGGACCCGACAUGCUGCUCUUUGGCUACGGAAACCAAGCAUGCCCCGGCAGAUUCUUCGUGAGCAACGAGAUCAAGCUCAUCCUCGCCACGCUGCUGCUCGAGUAUGAGCUCAAGCUGCCUGGCGACCGCCCCGAUACCAUAAUCAACGACGUAUCGGUCAGACCCGAUUCCCAAAAGGAAGUCCUCAUCCGCCGUCGGGCCUAG